AUGCAGAUAACGCAGCCUGGAGACGGGGACCCCGGCAGGGGGAGGAAAGGGGCGGAGAGUAAGCUAGAGACAGGGUGGUGGAAAAGAAACGACACUCCUGGCCCCCGUCUGAGCAUCGAACUGGAGCCCAUCCCCCGCGUGUCUCCCGGGCUGCGGGGCGCAGGGGGCUGCCGGGUGCGCUUGGCUGAGGCGCUGCGCGACCCCCUCCCUCGUCGCCACACCCUAGGCGCCCGCUCCCGCCAGGCCUUGCCGGACCCGGCGGCGCCUACUCUUCCCUGUCACCCACUGUCGCUUCGGGCGGGGAUCGGCACCUCAAGCGCAAAGCUGACGUGCCCCCCCGUGGCCCCCCCCCCAUCUCCCACCGCCCAGUCCCCGGCAGCGAUGAGACAGAGCGGCGCCUCCCAGCCCCUGCUGAUCAACAUGUACCUACCAGAUCCCGUCGGAGAUGGUCUCUUUAAGGAAGGGAAGAGCCCGAGCUGGGGGUCGCUGAGCCCCGCUGUACAGAAAGGCAGCGGGCAGAUCCAGUUGUGGCAGUUUCUACUGGAGCUGCUGGCAGACCGCGCGAACGUCGGCUGCAUCGCGUGGGAGGGAGGCCAUGGCGAGUUCAAGCUCACCGACCCAGACGAGGUGGCACGGCGCUGGGGCGAGCGCAAGAGCAAGCCCAACAUGAACUACGACAAGCUAAGCCGGGCACUCCGCUACUACUACGAUAAAAACAUCAUGAGCAAGGUGCACGGCAAGCGCUACGCCUAUCGCUUUGACUUCCAGGGCCUGGCGCAGGCUUGCCAGCCACCGCCCGCGCACGCCCACGCUGCCGCCGCCGCCGCUGCAGCGGCCGCUGCUGCCCAGGACGGCGCACUCUACAAGCUCCCGGCUGGCCUGGCCCCGCUGCCCUUCCCCGGCCUCUCCAAACUCAACCUUAUGGCAGCUUCGGCGGGCGUCGCGCCCGCUGGCUUCUCUUACUGGCCUGGUCCGAACGCCACCGCCGCCGCCACCGCUGCGCUCUACCCUACCCCGGGCUUGCAGCCCCCACCCGGGCCCUUUGGUGCGGUAGCCGCCGCCUCGCACUUGGGGGGUCAUUAUCACUAG